UCUUAGGUUUUUCCUUUUUCAGAGAGUUCUGAAUUUCCGAUUGCCGGCGAUGGACGGGAGAGAUGACGGCGGCGGGAAAGUUAUUGGGUUAAUAGAGAAAGCGACGAAAUCGACUGCGCAAGAGGUUGACCCGAGGCUGCUCAAGGCGAUCAAAUUUACUCUUCGGUAUUCCGAUUCGGAGGUCCGACUCGGUGCGAGAACCCUAAUGGAGCUCAUGAAACAUAAAGACUCUCAGGUUCGAUAUCUGACGCUUCUCAUAAUCGACGAGCUUUUCAUGAGAUCAAAGCUCUUUAGAGCUCUAAUAGUUGAGAAUCUUGAUCAGCUGCUGAGUUUAAGUGUUGGGUUUAGAAGCAAUCUACCUCUUCCUGCACCACAGGCUAUUGCCACCAUUUUGCGUACAAAGGCUAUUGAGUUCCUGGAGAAGUGGAAUCUGUCUUUUGGGUUACAUUACAAGGAGCUUAGGCUGGGUUUUGAUUACCUUAAGAAUACCCUGAAGCUCAAGUUCCCUGAUUUGCAGGCCAACGCUGCACGGAUUCAACGAGAGAGACAGGAGAGGGAGAUGAGGACAAAAGAGAUUUUGCGAAACAAGUUUGAUUCCUUGAGGGACACUUUUGGACUCUUAAAAUAUGAGAUUGACGAAACAAUAAAGGAAAUCAACGAGUGUCUGCAAAUUGUUCGAUGGAGAGGGGAUGAUGGUGUUCCACUUGCGAUCUUAGAUGAGGAAGAUUACGAGGAGAUCCGUUGUUCUCAUCUGAGGCAAAUUCGUCUUGAUUCACUGAAGCAAUCAGAUAAGGUUGAAGAAACCAGUGAAAACAGAGUGGUAUUCGAUGUAUUGAGAGAAAAGUGCAAGCUUCUAGUGAAAAAGCAUCUUAUCUCGGCUAAAGAAGGGAUCUCUCUUCUCAUCAGGGUUGAGGUAACUGAUAACAGGACGAGAGAUUCCAUGUUGAAAGAGUUCUUGGAUAUUAGGAAUAACAUAUUGGCAACUGAAAAGAAAUGUGAAGAAGCUGGUUUUACAAUUUCAAGAAUGAUUGGCACUCGGGAGAAAGAAGAAGCAAACGAGGAAGAAGAAGAUAUUUGGGAGGAAGAUGAUGGCAAUGUUGGAACUGAUUCAGUCGAAAACGUGGCUCCUUUGGCGAGAAGUCAGAACGUUGAGGGUUCGUCCUUGCAAGCUUCAACUGAAGCAAAUAAGUCUACAUCAGAAUCUAAGUCUACAUCAGAAUCUAGGUCCAGUAAAGCGUCGAGCACUAAAGAAGUUGGAAGAAGUGGUGGCUCUCUUAGGGAUAAGCUAAUUUCUGAAGCGCCCGUGAUGAAUUGGGGAUCACAGUUGAGUAAUUGGGACUCAACUACGGAAGUUCGAGCUAAUCAUCGAGGCCUAGAGCUCGAGAGCCACUGGGGCAGAGUGGACCAAGAUGCUGUAAUUCCAGCAGAUAAAAUAGCAGAACUAAAUCUCCAGGCAACUGUUUACAGAGAAGAGAGAAGUGAGAUUUCUCCAUGCCAUGCUCCUCUAAAGAAAGGUGGUCUUUGCCAGAGAAGAGAUCUACGAGCAUGUCCGUUUCAUGGACCCAUUGUACCUCGGGAUGAUGAAGGAAACCCUAUAAUCCAGGAAUCUCCAUUAGACGAGAGUGAAAACCAAACUUCUUCAAGUACAGGUAUCGACCAGGACGUGCCUAUGGAUGAAACAACUUCAGAUUCUGAUCCUAAUCAGUUGGCUAGGCGAAUAGCAAAACAAGCUCUAAAGAAUAUCCGGGAGAAAGACAGAGAAGAGAUAAGGAAAACAGCAAAGCGAAAAAAGGUUGCUAAGGUUAAGGAACAUAAUUUUUCAGUUCUGCGUGAUGUUGCUUUAGCCUCAACUUCCAGGUCAGCUGUUAUCGACGAAGAGUUUGAUAGAGUCUUUGCUGCAAGAAAAAACAAGAAACAAACCUUUUCCUCAAUGCGGCGUAAGAAAACAACGGCUAAAGAUAGAAUAUCCGAGAGACUGUUAAGUAACCGGGUAAAAGGUACUAAACCGAAGCAGUUGCCUCAGGGUGAUGAUGAGAACUACCGGGAAACAGCGGCGAACCAGUGGUAACAACAACAAAGAAACACUAAAAUCUUUCUAGGUUACUCAUUUUCUAAUUCUGAAAGUCCUCAAAUUUGAUUCUUUAAUGCAAAUAGGAGUACAAAAAGUAAUGACUUUUUGGUGAAUAAACAGAUUCUGUAGUGAUUGUGUUCUCUUUUAACUGAGACAAAACUGAUGUAGAAACAGUUUUGCAGCCAAAACUCAGAUUCUCUGGAGCUUUUUUUCUUUUCUCAGACAGUAACCCAACAGAAAGAGGAUAGUACAAUGACAUGUUUUGUUAAAAAGUAAUGACAGAUCAUGAGAACUGGAUCGUUGUUCGCUUUUUCUAUU